ACCGCUGCUGCCCACUGAACCCCUGACUUGAAGCUGCCAGCACCACCAGCUCAACUUCUGGGGCAGGAAUUCCAGACACUCCAGCUCUGUCUGCCAGCCUGCACCUAAACACCAUGGAUUUCAUGCUACCCAUAAGAAGUCAAGAAAUGAUAGCUUUCUCCUGCUCUGAUCCUUUCCUGGAUCCCGACGGCAUCAACACCCGAAUCCAGCACCAGGUCGUAAAGAGAAAGCUCCGGCCUGGACGGAUUCUCGGCUUCAUCAUCAGCCUGGUGGCUGUCUGCACAGUUUGUUCACUGAGUGCCUUGUCGUUGGCCACUGUAGUGGCCACUGACCUCAAAUCAGUUGCAGAGACCUCAGAAGAUGCAGCAGUGCCCCAAAGAACUCUCCUACAGCACCAGAACCUCUCAGCAGCCACAGAGGACACACCGGUGGCAAUGAAGUCAUCAGAUUUGGAGAUGAAUCAAGGAGACUACCCAACAGACUACUUCAGCGUGGAGGACAGGCGCCAGGGCUAUGUGCUUCUUCAUAUGUUUGGAAUGUUAUAUAUGUUCAUAGCCUUAGCCAUCGUUUGCGAUGAGUUUUUCGUCCCUGCACUCACUGUCAUAACAGAGAAGCUGGAGAUCUCGGAUGACGUAGCUGGGGCCACCUUCAUGGCGGCAGGUGGUUCAGCCCCAGAGCUCUUCACUUCUGUCAUAGGGGUGUUCGUGUCUCACAGCAAUGUGGGCAUAGGUACCAUUGUGGGAUCUGCAGUCUUCAACAUCUUGUUUGUGAUUGGGAUGUGCGCCCUGUUUUCCAAAGAGGUGCUGAACCUCACCUGGUGGCCUCUGUUUAGAGACGUCUCUUUUUAUAUCAUCGGGUUGCUCUUGCUCAUCUAUUUUUUCCUGGAUAAUCAAAUCACCGUUUCGGAAAGUAUCAGUCUGUUAUUGUGCUACACUUGCUACGUGACAUUUAUGAAGUACAAUGCUGAGGUGGAAAAUUUCAUCAAAACCAGGCUGAGCAGAAACCAGGUGGACGAGCUGGAAACUGCUCCAAAGGUAAACGCACCAGGAGACGAUGAGAACAAGUUGACAGCCAAACCCCGGCUGCAGAGGGAAGGCAGCUGUGCAUCGCUGCACAACUCCCUGAUGAGAAACAGCAUCUUCCAGCUCAUGAUUCACACACUGGACCCCCUCAGUAAUGAAGGGCAGUUUAAAGAGAAGGCAUCCAUCCUCCACAAAAUGGCCAAAAAGAAGUGCAAAGAAGAUGCUGCCACUGCCAACGGUGUAGUUGAUAAAGCCUCCCAAAAAAGUUCAAAGGUUGCUGUGGAGGUGACGCCCCCCAUGAAUGGAGUGGCAGUAGGAGACCUGGAGGGGGAGGAAGAGGAAGAUGAAGACCAGCCUCUGAGCUUGGCCUGGCCUGAUACCCUCAGAAAACAGAUCACCUAUCUCUUAAUCCUUCCCAUCAUCCUUCCCCUUUGGCUCACAUUGCCAGAUGUCAGGAGAGAGACAUCUCAGAGGUUCUUUCCAAUCACUUUCAUCGGCUCCAUCUGCUGGAUUGCUUUCUUCUCAUACCUGAUGGUGUGGUGGGCUCACCAGGUUGGAGAAACUUUCUGGAUCACAGAGGAAAUCAUGGGUUUGACCAUUUUAGCAGCAGGCACAUCCAUCCCUGACCUGAUCACAAGUGUGAUUGUGGCAAGAAAAGGCCUGGGUGACAUGGCAGUGUCCAGCUCCGUGGGCUCAAACAUCUUCGAUAUCACUGUUGGCCUGCCUUUCCCAUGGCUCCUCUACAACAUCAUCAACGACUUCAAGCCUGUGGAAGUGAGCAGCAACGGCCUGUUCUGUGCCAUCGUCCUCCUUUUCCUUAUGCUCCUCUUUGUCAUCAUUUCCAUCGCGGCUUGCAAGUGGAGGAUGAGCAAGAUCCUGGGCUUCCUAAUGUUCCUGCUCUACUUCGUCUUCCUGGUGGUCAGCGUCAUGCUGGAGGACAGAGUUAUCGUGUGCCCAAUCACCAUCUAA